GGUACCGGGGUAGAUCUACUUCCAGUAGAAUGUCACAUGUACCGGUACUUUGUCUAGUUUACAAGUAGUUUCUCUGGCAUUUCGAAAGUGUUGGGUGGAUGUUGAGUACCAACCAGAAGUCGGUGGCAGCAUCGCUACAGUUAGUAGAUUCUACUAGCGCUACGACUCGUACGAGGUUGUCCUGGCCUAGAAUAAUGGGGCUAGAUCCUGUCUUCACUACUACAAAAGUAAUGUAGUCUAGUACAUACCUGGUAGUUUGAGUGUUGUCGUGUGGCCGGCUCACUUGUUGUUCCUGGCGUUCCGGAGGCAGUCUUCAUAAGUAACUUAGUUACUGUAGUUCAUGUAGAACAAGAACAACGCGCGUCCUCCAGCACAGCAUUCACCACGACACUGAUUAAUCAAUCACAGACACUGGAUUGUCUGUGGGCGACAUCAAUAAUGGCUGCAAUACUCAGCGGUGGUACAAUUCUCAUGUCGCAUUUCAUCCUGUACUACUUCUAUGUGUGCAUAGUGAGUAGCGGCGGGGCGUUAUUGGGCCCGGUGGAGUUCUGGAAGCAGUUGCUCAACACGCCACUACUACCCACGGUCCGUAGCACUACUCUAUACGUUGGAUUUCUGCUGAUGCAAAUCCUGCUGGCAAUGAUCAUGCCGGGCUUAGUGAUGGAAGGCCUGCCCUUGAAAGGUGGCUACCGGCUAAAGUACCUGUGUAACGGCCUUGCUAGUUGGUACGUGACUCUGGCUUUCCAUGCCCUGCUGCAUUUCACCGGUAUUCUACCUCUGCACGAGGUUGCCAAAGAGUUUGGACCGCUAAUGACGUCCGCCGUUAUUGUCGGCAACCUGGUGAGUUUGUAUGUGCUCCUGUGGCCAGUCCUGACCAAGCAAAACGAGCCCGGAACAGGCAUAUCAGCAGAUGAGUUCUUUAUGGGCGUAUGGUUAAACCCACGUAUUGGUGUUGUGGACAUCAAGAUGUUUGCCGAAAUCCGCGUGUCGUGGAUUUUGCUAUUCCUGCUGACUGCGUCCAAUGCAAGCGAGCAAUACCACGCGCAUGGCGUGGUCACGUCGCCCAUGCUUAUCAUUCUGUUGGCACACUUUCUCUACACCAACGCCUGCCAGAAAGGUGAGGAGUGCAUACCGACCACCUGGGACAUCUUCCAUGAACGCUUCGGCUGGAUGCUGGCCUUCUGGAACCUGGCUGGUGUGCCCUUUCUCUACUGCAUCCCAUCGCUGUAUCUGCGGGUCAUGGCGCCGUUUGAACACCCGCGUGGUGUUUCAGUGCUCAUUGCAAUUGUACUCAUGUUGGCCUACUAUGUGUGGGACACGGCUAACAGUCAGAAGAACCGCUACCGCAUGAUGCAGGCCAAGACGUACGUAGCGCGCAAUGCCUUCCCGCAGCUGCCCUGGGGAACACUGCAUGCGCCGCGUGAGUUCAAGGUGGAAAAGGGCACGUUUCUGCUGGAUGGCUGGUGGCAAUACGUUCGCAAGCCCCACUACACCGCCGACAUGGUUAUGGCCUUGUGCUGGGGACUGGCAUGCGGCUUCGGCUCGUUCCUGCCAUUCUUCUACUUCUGCUUCCUUUCCCUGUUCCUCAUGCACCGGUGCAAACGUGAUGGUGAACGCCUGGCCCACAAGUAUGGUGACACGGCCUGGGAGGGGUACUGUGAGAAAGUUCCCUACAUCCUCUUGCCUUACGUGUAUUAGUAUUAGUGUAGUCGGCUAAGAGUGCUGCUGCUGCUGCUGCUGCCUUAUGCAACACAGUUAUAGCAGUGCACGGUGCUGUUCUACUAGUCACCAUUUGCUGAGGUACAUAUUUUGAACACGGCUCUCAAGUAGUGGUCCACCUAAUACCCAUGUACAAGUAGACGACUAGAUACUACUUAUGUACAUGUUUUCACGAUGACAGCGUGAACAAGGCGAGGACACACUGUUCACGCUGUCAUCGUGAAAACAUGUUACCUAUCAGGCAAGGCUCGCAUACACCAUACUAUGUACAUGUAGCUGUCCGUGGCACGCAAAGUCGAGUCUUGGAAGUUACUUCACUCAUGCAACUGACACCACCAUUUCUGCGGAUCAUUGUACCAUUCUUUCCGAUUGGGAGCUGCACACGUAUCCAACGCAAUUCAGGAGAGCAUGGUGCACCCUUGUACUGACUCCAAGCUUUAUUCGGGAAAACCACAAAUUGUGAUGCAAAAUGUGAAAACCAAGCGGAUAAAAAUAGUUACCAAAUCCAUUAAAGAACCGAUAAAAAAUAAAUAAAUAAAAAGUACCGUGCCAAUCAGCUAUUAUUAAAAGUCACUUGCCAACCCACAACCAGAUGCAGGCUAUUAUUAGAUGCAGCACACCAUCACCCUUGUACUAGCUGUUUCUUUUAGUAUUACCAGUCUUGUUAUCACUCUGUAGAUCUACUACGAUUUUGUUGUGUUUGUCUAGCUACUUUAUAAGCAUAUUGAGCCCAUAGCUGUUGCUAAUGUGCAUUCUAGCCCUUCCAACGAAUGGCUUCAGAUAACGUAAUACACAGUACCUGGCACACAUCCAGGAUCCACA